ACCUUUACAUAAAUUUCUCAGGCAAUCCAAAAUUUCCACCAAAUUUUCCAAAAAUUCAUUGCAGGCAUCUUCUCUUAGAGUCUCCUCCGCUCCGAUCACCACUUUCGUUUUCCUCCGACGGCCUCUUGUUCGUGGCCGGUGUAUUGCUGCUGAAGGCAAGGUUUAGGCUGCUGCUCUGUGGAAAUGGCGACUGUAACUAUACCAGCUUCGUUUCCGGGUUUGAAAGGCAGGGAUUCGAGUUUUGGGUUUGGGAGAAGUUUGGAUUUUGCGAGAGUUUCUGAUUUGAAGAGAAUUAAGUAUCCCAGAAGGAAAAUCUCUGUGAUUCGGAAUUCAAAUCCUGGUCCUGAUAUUGCUGAACUUCAGCCUGCUUCAGAAGGGAGCCCUUUAUUAGUUCCUAGGCAAAAGUAUUGUGAAUCCAUACACCAAACUAACAGGAGGAAGACAAGGACAGUAAUGGUUGGAAAUGUUGCUCUUGGUAGUGAGCAUCCUAUAAGGAUUCAAACUAUGACUACAACUGACACUAAGGAUGUCUCUGCAACAGUUGAACAGGUCAUGAGAAUUGCAGACAGAGGAGCAGAUAUUGUGCGGAUAACUGUUCAAGGAAAGAAAGAGGCAGAUUCAUGCUUUGAAAUCAAGAAUUCCCUUGUUCAGAAAAAUUAUAAUAUACCUCUGGUGGCAGACAUUCAUUUUGCUCCUUCAGUUGCUUUGAGAGUUGCUGAGUGCUUUGACAAAAUUCGUGUGAACCCUGGAAAUUUUGCUGAUAGACGAGCUCAGUUUGAGACAUUAGAGUACACUGAAGAGGAGUAUCAGAAAGAACUGGAACAUAUUGAGGAGGUGUUCACUCCAUUGGUUGAGAAAUGUAAGAAGUAUGGAAGAGCUAUGCGUAUUGGUACAAACCAUGGGAGCCUUUCAGAUAGGAUAAUGAGCUAUUAUGGGGAUUCUCCUAGAGGAAUGGUUGAAUCUGCAUUUGAGUUUGCAAGGAUAUGUAGGAAGCUGGACUUUCAUAAUUUUGUAUUUUCAAUGAAAGCCAGCAAUCCAGUUGUCAUGGUCCAGGCAUACCGUCUGCUCGUAGCUGAAAUGUAUGUACAUGGCUGGGAUUAUCCAUUACACUUGGGAGUCACUGAAGCCGGAGAAGGUGAGGAUGGGAGGAUGAAAUCUGCCAUUGGCAUUGGGACCCUUCUUCAGGAUGGUUUAGGUGAUACGAUCAGGGUUUCACUCACAGAACCUCCGGAAGAGGAGAUAGAUCCCUGCAGAAGGUUGGCUUACCUUGGUACGAGAGCUGCUCGCCUCCAGCAAGGAGUGGCACCUUUUGAGGAAAAGCACAGACGUUAUUUUGAUUUCGAGCGUAGAUCUGGUCAAUUGCCAACACAAAAGGAGGGUGAGGAGGUGGAUUAUAGAGGUGUCCUGCAUCGUGAUGGUUCUGUUCUUAUGUCAGUUUCCCUGCAUCAGUUGAAGGCUCCAGAGCUCCUCUACAAGUCACUUGCAGCUAAGUUGGUUGUUGGCAUGCCAUUUAAGGAUUUGGCUACCGUAGACUCGAUCUUGUUGAGGAAGCUUCCCCAAAUAGAUGAUAAUGAUGCUCGUCUAGCUCUCAAAAGGUUGAUAGACAUAAGCAUGGGGAUUAUAGUUCCUUUGACCGAGCAACUAACAAAACCUUUGCCCAAUGCUAUGGUUUUGGUAAAUCUCAAGGAAUUAUCAACUGGAGCUUACAAGCUUUUGCCAGAAGGCACACGUUUGGUUGUCUCAGUACGUGGUGAUGAGCCCAAUGAAGAUUUGGAAAUCCUCAAAGCUAUUGAUGCUACAAUGAUCCUUCAUAGCCUACCCUAUGACGAAGAGAAAAAUAGCAGAGUGCAUGCAGCAAGGAGGCUAUUUGAGUAUCUAGCUGACAAUUCUCUGAAUUUCCCUGUCAUUCACCAUAUACAGUUUCCAGAAGGGAUUCAUAGGGAUGACUUAGUUAUUGGCGCUGGGACAAAUGCAGGAGCCCUCCUUGUGGAUGGCCUUGGAGAUGGUGUCUUAUUAGAAGCCCCAGACCAGGAUGUUGAUUUUCUUAGGAAUACUUCUUUCAACUUACUACAAGGGUGCAGGAUGAGAAAUACAAAGACGGAAUAUGUCUCAUGUCCAUCUUGUGGCAGAACUCUGUUUGAUCUUCAAGAAAUAAGUGCAGAAAUACGAGAAAAAACAUCACACUUGCCUGGUGUUUCUAUUGCAAUUAUGGGUUGCAUCGUCAACGGUCCUGGAGAAAUGGCUGAUGCAGAUUUUGGUUAUGUUGGUGGUGCCCCCGGAAAGAUUGACCUCUAUGUUGGCAAGACGGUUCUGAAGCGUGGGAUUGCAAUGGAGCAAGCAACUGAUGCUUUGAUCCAGUUAAUAAAAGAUCAUGGACGCUGGGUGGAGCCUCCUACAGAAGAGUAAUUUCAAGAGCUUGUAUGCAUUUCACAGACCAGAGACUAUGGUACUAGACUGUGAAACGGAAUCACCAUUCCCAUCCUUGUACGUAGCAAGAUACCAAAUAAUAAACGGUAUAACAGCAGCUCUAGAAGUUCAGUUCAUUUGUACAAGAUCAGAGCUACUUUUUGGCUGCAGCAUAGAAUGCACCUCAUGUAGCUAAAUAUGCAUGCAAAAUUUAUAUUUACAUAAAACCUACAAGGGAGCCCUCAUUUUGAACCAAAAGGACAUCGAAUGGAAAUAAACAUUUUACACACAG